AUGUCCCUCCGACGGGCCUACUCCAUCAAGGACAAGCUGCAGGCCAUCGAGAGGGUGAAGAAGGGCGAGCGCCAGGCGUCGGUGUGCCGGGCGUUCGGGGUGCCGGGGGGCACCCUGAGGGGCUGGCUGAAGGACGAGCCCAAGCUGCGCUGGUUCCUGGCCCAGCUGGGAGGCGACGUGGGCACCCAACGCAAGAAGAUGCGCUUGGCCAACGAGGAAGAGAUCGACCGGGCCGUCUACUCUUGGUUCCUCGCUUUGAAGAAGCACGGUAUCCCAAUCUCCGGACCUCUCAUCCAAGCUCAAGCUGAAGCUUUCGCCCGGCAGAUUUACGGAGAGGGUUGCACCUUCAAAGCCAGCCACGGGUGGUUCUGGCGUUGGCAGAAGCGUCACGGCAUCGACGGCCGGCGCGGUUGCGGCGGGAACGGCCUUCCCGCCCAACGCGGCCACGAGGCGUCGCCCGUCACGACCCCCGACGACGCCGGGGGAGGAGGUCGGAUCCCGGCCCCGCUGGAGCAAGGGGUGGUGUUGGCCUUCAAGCAGCUCUACAAGAGGGAACUGCUGCGCUUGGCUGUCUCCUGCCUGGCCGGUGGCUCCGCUGGCCCCGUGGACUUCGUGAGGUCCUUCCUCCUCAAGGACAUGUUAUACCUGGCUGGUCUCUCCUGGGAACUCAUCCCUCCCGGCUCCAUCGAGAAGUGCUGGCUGCUGGGGCUCCGCGCCGCCUUCGAGCCCCAGCCCGGGGAGGAAGAGCACGGAGACCUUCCUCCUCCAGGUGGGGAGGAAGGUGGAGGGGACAGCAAAGUCUUCAGCGACCUGACCCACCUGGCAGCCUUGGCCGACAAGCAUCUGGCUCCCGAGGAGGUGGCCGACUGGGUGCACAUGGAUGACGCGGCUCCCGCCGAGGAGGAGGAGGAGGAUGGGGAAGAGGAGGCUGAGGAGGAAGGCUGCGGGGCUGAGGAGAGGGAGGACGAGGAGGGAGCUGCUGGCGGUGGCAGGAGAGGUGGGGAAGGAGGGGAUGCCUCGCUGCCCACGGCUCAGGAAGCCAUCCAGGGCCUGGAGACGGCGUUACGCUGGCUGGAAGGCCAAGACCCCCGGCAGGUGGGACCACUCAAGCUGGUGCAGCUCCGUUCCCUCCUCAGCAUGGCCCAGAGGCUGCACCGUGGGGGCAGCCCCUGCUCCUAG